AUGAAAGUAAUAGAUUUAUCAAACGAAGAUCCCAAUAAAUCUGUUCAUAAUUUACCUUCUGAUGUCAGUAUAAAAUUAACAGAAAUAUCUAAAAUUAUAUUCAAACUGAGAAGAUCAACCGUUUUAACAGGAGCAGGUAUAAGUUGUAAUGCUGGGAUUCCUGAUUUUAGAUCAAGUGAUGGAUUAUAUAAUUUAGUUAAGCUGAAAUAUCCUAAUUGUGUCGUUAAGGGACAAGAUUUAUUCGAUAUUUCAUUAUUCAGAGAUGAAAUCACUUUACAAUUAUUUUGUACAUUCAUGGAAUCAUUAUAUUCAUCAAGUUUAAAAGCUACACCUACUGAAACCCAUAAAUUCAUCAAAACUUUGAAAGAAAAGAAUAAGUUAUUGAGAUGUUAUACCCAAAAUAUUGAUGGUUUAGAAGGUAAAAUUAACUUAAAAACUGGUAUCAAUUUAAAUGAUUUUAAUAUUGAAGCUUCAAACAAAAGACAAGUCAACUCCAGUUUCAAUAAAAUAUGGAAAGAUUUAGAUGUUAUUCAAUUACAUGGUAGUUUAAAUGAAUUAUCAUGUACUCAUUGCUUUGCCAAUUUUGAAUGGACAGAAAAUUAUAAAGAUAUGUUAUCCAAUGGAAGUAAUCCAGAAUGUGAAAACUGUUGUUUAAAUUAUGAAAAAAGAUUAUUUGAAGGUAAAAGAAUUACUGGUAAUAUUGGAAUUUUAAGACCAGGGAUUGUUUUAUAUGGAGAAAAUCAUCCUCAACUGGAAAUCUUAGCUCAAGGUUUAAACAAUGAUUUAAAACUGAAACCUGAUUUAUUGAUUAUAAUGGGAACAAGUUUAAAAGUUGAUGGAGUUAAAAAAUUAGUUAAAUCAUUAGCUAAAAGCAUUCAUGAAAGAGGGGGUAAAGUUAUAUUCGUCAAUAAGACCCCUGUUAAUAAUUCAUGGGAAAAUUAUAUUGAUUAUUCAAUUUUAAGUGAUUGUGAUAAUUUUAUCAAAUUCUUAAAACAAGAGAUUCCUGAUUUGUUCUUAACUCAACAAGAAUUAGAUCUUAAGAAAUUACAUAAACAACAACUCCGUGAAAAGAUAAAGGCUGAAAGGGAAAAGGUGAAGAUAGAAAAACAAAUUAAGAAGGAAAUAAAGCAAGAGAAAUUAGAUCAAAUACCGAGUGAUGAUUUAACUGAUGUUGAUUUAACACCUCCAACAUCUCCAACGAAAAGAGUUGCUUUAAAAAGAAGAGAUACCAAUAUAACUCAUUCAAAUAAGAAGAUAAAAUUUGAAUUACCCACACCUUUAUCAAGUUUUAACGAAGUAACUGUUGUUAAACAAGAAAUCUAA